AUGUGUGUCGGAAAAGACCCGCGUGAAACUAAAGCUAAAAACAAUCCAACGGUGGAAAAAGCUGCGUUACAAUUGAAAGACCAACAAAAAGAAACAAAACUCACAUCGCCUGAUUCUCUCGAUCCCGACAACAACAUGGCUUUACCUAACCAGCAAACCGUAGAUUACCCUAGCUUCAAACUCGUCAUUGUUGGUGACGGAGGCACAGGAAAAACAACUUUCGUCAAGAGACAUCUUACUGGAGAAUUCGAGAAGAAGUAUGAACCUACUAUUGGUGUUGAGGUUCAUCCUCUAGAUUUCUUCACAAACUGUGGCAAGAUCCGUUUCUAUUGCUGGGAUACAGCUGGUCAAGAGAAGUUUGGUGGUCUUAGAGAUGGUUACUACAUCCAUGGUCAAUGUGCUGUUAUCAUGUUCGAUGUAACAGCACGGCUCACAUACAAGAACGUCCCCACGUGGCACCGUGACCUCUGCCGUGUCUGUGAGAACAUACCAAUUGUGUUAUGUGGGAACAAGGUUGAUGUGAAGAACAGGCAAGUGAAGGCGAAGCAGGUGACGUUUCACAGGAAGAAGAAUCUUCAGUACUAUGAGAUAUCUGCAAAGAGUAACUACAACUUUGAGAAGCCUUUCUUGUAUUUGGCUAGGAAGCUUGCUGGUGAUCAGAAUCUUCACUUUGUUGAGUCACCAGCUCUUGCUCCACCGGAGGUUCACAUUGACGUUGCUGAGCAGCAGAAGAACGAGGCUGAUCUUAUCGCUGCUGCGGCUCAGCCUCUCCCUGAUGAUGAUGAUGAUGUUUUUGAGUAAAAGGAGCUUCUUCCACUAUGUUGUGUGUUUUAGGGGUGAAGCUUGUUUGCUUUUGUCUCUGAUUCUCUCUUGUGUUUUUGGUUUCUUUUCCAUGUUGCAUUGAUGUUAACAUAUAAAAUGAUUCAAGUCUGGUAGAAUUAAAUUGAGAUUGUUUCGUUUUGGAAUAGAGGACUUGUUUUUUGAAUUAAAGGAUGAGAUAUGAAACAUGAAACUUGCAGGAAUCAAUCAUAGAUUAUACUUUGUAGGUCUCCCUCAAGUUCAACUCCACAA